AUGAAUCGACCAAGCUCUAUGGAACUUUCUCCACCUCCCUCCAACAAUCACUUUCAUGUGGUUGGCGGUAACGGUUAUCCUGUUCAAUUGUCUUAUGGAGGCUGGCAGCAGAACACUCCAGUCUCCCAACUUCCUGCUCCACGAGGCAUGCCAUCUGGCAACUGGAGAGGUUCUCAGCCAUCUACAAACCCCAUGAACAGCUCUGUCCCCGGUGCUAAGCACUCACUCAUGAAUUCUCCAACUCAUCCCUCCUCUUCUUCCAACCACGACGGCGGGCCUGUGAGCAUCUCCGAUUGCCUCAACGGUUAUGCGUACUGUGUAAAGCGACCUGACGGGCUAUACACAAGACUGAUUCCGGCAGACAUGGUCCCAACCCUCAUCGAGCUGCCUGCUACUCAGACCAGCGCCCAAGGAAUGGUACUGCUUCCGGAUCUGCACAUGCAGCCACCACAAGGGGUUCCUGGGAUGAAUCAGCCUGUCACAUUCAAGGCUCCAACUGGCCCAGCAUCUGAUAUCCUCCAGACCAGGAUUGAUCGUAUUGUUGCAACAUCACCUACUCAACAACGUAGAACCAAGAUCUAUUGUGACAAAUGGAUCCACGACGGCACCUGUGCCUUUACUCAGCAAGGUUGCAAAUACAAACACGAAAUGCCCUUCGACAAGGCUACGCAGCAGUCUCUGGGCCUGUUUCAUGGGUUCCCCAAGUGGUGGCGAGAUCACCAGGAGGAGCUUCAGAAGCACCGCAAUCGAGACUUGCGUGCCAUUAGCAGCCAAGUCAUCCUUCAGUCGGGCUGGCGAGAUGAUGGCAAUGAGGAUGUCCCUCAGACCGCGACAGUCCUGGCUCCCAUUGGCCCGGAGAGAAAUCAGAAAUCAAGCAAGAAAAAUCGCCUCUCUCAGACUCGCGAGGGGCUGCCUAGUGCUCCAGCAUCUGAGAAGCGCUCACUAACAGGGUCGGAGACUGAAUGGUUCGUGGGUUCGACAGCAUUCCAGGGCUGGAACGGUUCUUCGCCUCGCCGCUCUUCGGUCUCAGCUGGUCAUUAUGUUCGCUAG